UCACUCAAAGAGACAUCCCAGGGAGCGAGGACUGCCCUUACUAUUAAACCCGCCGCCGUUGUCCUCUGCUAUCUCUCUCUCUUUCUUUCUCACUUGCAGUUUUAUUUUUAGCGUUCAAACAACUGGUCUCCUAAAAAUGGGCCUGUCUUAAGCGGGUAGGGGGAGAGGAGUUGCUGCUAUGUAUGGUAUCCACCCCCCCACCACCACCAAUACCUCACAGGCCUGACAGUGCUUCUCUUUCGUCUUUGUGUCUGCAGAGAGAAGGCGUGAGGGAGAGAUCACAGUGGGGGGGAAAAAGAGCUGAAGAUGCUUGUAGAAGUUGGAGUCCUCUGCACAGCUUGGGAUGCUUGAGAUCUGCCACUGACGUUUACCUCUCAAACCUGCAGCAGUGCCUACAUUUUCCUACCUUUUCCUGACCUUUUUUUUAUCAUACAGUUUUAUACUGUGAAACCAAAACCAAGCUCUGACUUUUGGUGGGUGUGUUUGCCAUCUCUGGAUCAUGCUCUCCCUGUGGUUGUUCCUGCUCCCAUGCUUCAGCCUCAUGCCUCUAGCCCCGGCCGAGAAGGGCCUGGAGUUCCCACAGUAUGACGGGAAAGACCGCGUCCUAGACAUCAAUGACAAGAACUACAAGAAAGCCCUGAAGAAGCACAGCAUGGUGUGCCUCUACUACCAUGAGCCCAUACCAGACAGCAAGGAGCUGCAAAAACAACACCAGAUGACAGAGUUGGUGCUGGAGCUUGCAGCUCAGGUCAUGGAGGAGAAGGACGUUGGCUUUGGAAUGGUCGACUCACACAAAGAUGCAAAAGUGGCAAAGAAACUGGGCUUCGAGGAGGAGGGCAGCAUAUAUGUUUUCAAGGCUGACCGGGUGAUUGAGUUUGACGGCCUGCUCUCUGCUAACACCCUGGUGGAGUUCCUGUUGGACCUGCUGGAGGAGCCCGUGGAGGUCAUAGGAAACGCUCUGGAGCUGAAAGCCUUUGAUAGGAUGGAGGAAGACAUCCGCCUCAUUGGUUACUUCAAGAGCGAGGAAUCUGAGCACUAUGAGGCGUUCAAAGAAGCUGCAGAGCAGUUCCAGCCCUACAUUAAGUUCUUUGCCACCUUUGAGAAAUCGGUGGCCAAGGAGCUGACUCUGAAGAUGAACGAGGUGGAUUUCUAUGAGCCUUUUAUGGAGGAACCUGUCACCAUCCCAGGCAAGCCUCACUCCGAGGAGGAGCUGGUGGAGUUCAUAACAGAACACAGACGACCGACUCUGAGAAAGCUACGGGCGGAGGAUAUGUUCGAGACCUGGGAGGAUGAUAUUGAAGGAAUCCAUAUUGUGGCUUUUGCAGAGGUGGAGGACCCCGAUGGUUACGAGUUCUUGGAGAUCCUGAAGGAGGUCGCCAGAGACAACACCCACCUACCUGAGCUCAGCAUCAUCUGGAUCGACCCUGAUGACUUUCCUCUGUUGACUCCAUACUGGGAGAAGACCUUCAAGGUGGACCUGUACAGACCACAGAUUGGAGUUGUCAACGUUACAGAUGCCGACAGCAUUUGGAUGGAGAUGGACGAUGAGGAGGAUCUGCCUACCCCCCAGGAGCUGGAGGACUGGAUCGAGGAUGUGCUCUCUGGCAAAGUCAACACUGAGGAUGACGAUGACGACGAUGAUGACGACGAUGAUGAUGACGAUGAUGACGACGAUGAUGAUGAUGACGAUGAUGAGGACAGUGAUGACGACGAUGAUGACGACGACGACGAUGACGAUGAUGACGAUGAUGAUGAUGAUGAUGAUGAUGAGUAAAUCCAUAGCCUGAGAAUUGUAAAUGUUGACUCAUCAGGCUGAAUUUAUCAUGGAUUUCAAACUACUGUACAUUAAAAUAACUUUACAAAUUUGUGCUGAAUAUGUGCCCGCUAAUUAUAAUAAUAAUAAUAUAUUUUAAUAUCCAAAAAUGUCAUUUUUUUGACAGUGUAAAUAAGCCUGGAAUGGGUUUUGGGAUUUAAAAUAAAAGAUAUAUGUAUACUGAAAUGUCUGGACCAGACAUUUACCUCACACUACACAUGACAUUCAUUAUAUGUACUGUAUAUAAUGGGUCGUAAUGAUAAUAAAGGACUGUCGAUGUCAAC